AUGGAGCAACAGGAAGAAGAAACUCAGAUCAAAAGAAGAAGAAAAGAUUCAUCAGUCUCAAAAUUAACAUCAUCCUUUCCUCACGACCUAAUCUCCGAGAUACUCUUGAGGCUACCUGCAAAAUCUGUUAAGAGAUUUGGUUGCGUUUCGAGGCUCUGGUCAUCAAUCACCACCGAUGCUUAUUUCAUCACCUCCUUCGAAACUCGGCCCCAAAGAAAAAGUCUUCUACUCUGCUUCAGAAGAGGCGAGAAUUUGUUUGCUUUCUCGAUUCCUCAAGAUCAUUCAAACGAGCCUUUUUCAGUUUCUUCCCAGCCUGUUGCUACUUACCAUACGACAUGCCCCAAAAACUCUCCCUUCUACCCUAACAAAUCUGUCCACGGCUUGAUCUGCUCUAAGAAAAAAACAAAAGCCAUAAUUUGGAACCCUAGAGCGAAACACCUCUUAACCCUAACCAAACCCCAAAAGAGUUGGACCUGGAACCAUAUAAAAUUCUUUUUAGGAUACGAUCCAAUCGGACGUAAACACAAAGUCGUGUGCAUGCGUUGGAUUGUAGCUUGUGAUGAGUGUUGGGUUUUAACAUUGGGAUCAGCUCAAGAAUCAUGGAGAGUGGUCAAAACCUACCAUGAACAUCAUCUUUACAACAACAGAGACAGUUAUGAAUGCAUCAACGGAGUUCUGUAUUAUCAAGCCUAUCUUAUUCAUAAUCAGACCGUUAUAAUAAUGAGUUUUGAUGUCAGAUCUGAAAAGUUCCAUAUGAUAAAACUACAACUGGAGAAUAUUACUGGUGAUGGUACACUCAGAACAUAUAACGGAAGGUUAGCUUUUCAUUUAAGACAUGGUUUAACAUUGUGGACCUUGGAGGAUGCAGAGAAACAUGAUUGGUCGCCUAUACAGUUUCCAGGAUCAACUAUUGAUUCUCUUGAUCAGAGAUUGGGUAAAAAACUCAAUUUUACUGGUAUCACGGAUGCUGGUGAGUUAGUUUACGUACCAGCUGGGCUUGGUCAAUCGUUUUAUGUUAUGUAUUAUGAUCCCAAGAGAAAGAGCAGCCACGUAGUUGAGCAUAAAGGAAUCGCAGACGAAGAGUUUAGGCUCAAGCAUGGAUUUGGAAAUAGAAGUCUCUAUAAAUUCCAUAUUGUGUUGAAUCACACAGAGAGUCUCAUGUCUUUGUUACAAAUUUGUUGA